CUUUCACGUGUGGGUGUGGCUUUGCUCUAACAGCAUUCAUCUAUCUUGAGGCUCCGAUUCACCACAGGCCCUGAUUUUUGAAUCGCUCCAGAAUUUGAAGUUUCCCAUUUGUUUUUUUUUUUUUGUUUUUUGUUUUUUGUUUUUGGGGUUUUGAUUCGGCGUUUUCAAGAUCAUGAGGUGGUACAGAAGGGGAAAGCUCGCUCUCGAUCAUUUUCACAGCUUGGCUUCGAGGGUUGCGCCUCAAAAACCAAUUUUUCAGCGUAGUUCGAGGAUUUGCCCAUCUGGGUAUGUGGAUUCAGGUUCAAAGGGAGCUAGCUUUAAUGGGUUCUCUACGUUUUGUUCAAUUUCUAAGAGAUUAGGCAUACAAGGUGUUGUUGGAGUUACCAGGAACCAUCGCAACCCAUCUCUUUGUGGGGCUAAGAGAUUUUACUAUGUGGAUCCUCAAAAUGUGCACCAUUUCAAGCCAAGAGGGCCAAAGCGUUGGUUUCAGAAUCCUAGGCAUGUUUUCAUUGUUGUGAUGGUUGGUUCAGGGGUUUUUGUCACUGUGUAUUUUGGGAACUUGGAAACAGUUCCUUACACCAAGCGAACCCAUUUGAUUCUGUUGUCGAAAGCCAUGGAGAGGAAGGUUGGGGAGAGCCAGUUUGAGAAGAUGAAGGUUGCUUUUAAGGGGAAGAUAUUGCCUCCUAUACAUCCUGAAAGUGUGAGGGUGACCAUGAUAGCGAAGGAUAUAAUCGAUGCAUUGCAGAGAGGGUUGAGAAAGGAGCAGGUUUGGAGUGAUUUGGGGUAUGCAUCGGAGAACGUUGGGCUGGUCGAAGGAGAUGGAAGGGAGACACUGAAUGCAUUGGCUGGGAGUGAACAGAAGCUUGAAGGGAUUUGGCACAAGGAGGAUGAGAUUCUUGAUGACAAAUGGGUUCAGCAAAGCAGGAAAAAGGGUCAGGAAAGAGGGUCACAGGCUGCUACAUCGCACUUGGAUGGAUUGAAUUGGGAAAUUUUGGUGGUAAAUGAGCCUGUUAUUAAUGCCUGCUGCUUACCUGGUGGGAAGAUAGUUGUGUUCACUGGUUUGUUAGAGCAUUUCAAUAGUGAUGCAGAGAUAGCAACUAUUAUUGGACAUGAGGUUGGGCAUGCUGUGGCAAGACACAGUGCAGAGGGGAUUACAAAGAACUUGUGGUUCGCAAUUCUACAGUUGAUACUUUAUCAAUUUGUCACACCUGAUAUUGUCAACACAAUGUCAUCCCUUUUCUUGCACCUACCUUUCUCCCGGAGGUAUGUUUUAUUCACUGUCUCUCUCUAACCAAAUGAU